CUGGAAAUAGGCUAUAUUAACAAAGUACCAGUACCAAGAGCAACAAAAUCAAGGAGUUGCAACCAUAGGAAGACACAACGAGGUAAGUAAGCUCUUAUCCUCUUCCUUUCUAGGAGACAAAGGCCAAUCCAUCUGAGUUUUGAUAUUGAUGCAUUUGACCCUACACUGGCACCAGCCACAGGAACACCUGUUGUAGGGGGACUGACCUAUCGAGAAGGCAUGUAUAUUACUGAGGAAAUACACAAUACAGGGUUGCUGUCGGCACUGGAUCUUGUUGAAGUCAAUCCUCAGGCCACUUCAGAAGAAGAGGCAAAGGCUACGGCUAGCCUGGCAGUGGAUGUGAUUGCUUCAAGUUUUGGUCAGACAAGGGAAGGAGGGCACAUUGUCUAUGACCAGCUUCCUACUCCCAGAUGUCCAGAUGAAUCAGAAAAUGAAGAACGUGUGAGAAUGUAGGGAAUAGUAUCCACUGACAUGUUUUAUGAUGGGCAUUCCACAACUGUGAGGCAUUUGAGGGGAUAGAUGUUAAAUGAUUAUCUGGGUCAGUAUUGCCUGAAUGAGAACAUGUGCACCUUCUCACAACUGUAAAGUUUCCCUACCCGUUUUGGUGAUCAAUAAUAUUACUGUAUUUGUUUUUUGCAAUUCACGGGGUAUUAAUAUGUUGUAGUACUAUGUAAAUAUAAGGUCAUAAACAGCAUUUAUUACCUUGGUA